CGCGGCGUCGGCGUGCCGCUCAUCCUCAUGCACGACGGCGAGGGCACGAUCGUGACCAUCGAGUGCAAGAACGGCGACACGUACCGCGGCUUCCUCGACGAGACCGAGGACAACAUGAACUGCGUGCUCAAGGACGCGACGCGCACCGACGCCAAGGGCAACAAGUCGCAGGUCGAGCACAUCUUCCUGCGCGGCUCCCAGAUCGCCUUCUUCAUCUUUCCGAACAUGCUCAAGAAGGCGCCCAUGUUCAACCGGGUGCGGGCGUGGCGAAAAACCAAGGCGACGAAGAAGGCGGGCGCGCCGAGCGGCACCGUCCGCGGCCAGGCCGCGGCCAUCAUCCGCAAGGCCCAGGCG